CACCCAGGCUGGAAUUCUCCUGAAGUAUUCACAUAGUUUUGUUUCUUCAAAUGCAAUGACUCAGCAGCCACAGGAUGAAUUUGCCAGCAGCGUGGAGAAUGCAGAAGCUUGGAUGAAGGCCAUUCAGGAGCGGCUGCGGAUCAAUGACAACACCAAGGGACCCCGGGCUGCCCUAGAAGCCAGGCUGAGAGAGACCGAGAAAAUACGUGAGCUGGAGCCAGAAGGCAGCUUGAAAAUGGACUUGAUUCUCGUGAAAGCAGACGCUGCUCUCCGCAGCACCAGUGAGGAUAAGAAACAUGAGGUGCUGUCAAAGCUGAAGGACAUUAAGGCCUUGUGGGAAGAGACAGCCAUAUACAUUACUCACUGCCACAGCCGUAUUGAGUGGGUCUGGCUGCACUGGAGUGAGUAUCUGAAAGCCCAAGAUGAGUUUUAUACGUGGAUUCACAACAUGAGGGUGACCUUGGAGCCUGACAUUGAGUUGCAGCUUGGCUUGAAGGAGAAGCAGUGGCAGCUGAGCCACGCUAAGGUUCUGCUGAACGACGUCUUGAAUCAGUCAGUCCUGCUGGAAAGGCUGCUAGAGGAAGCUGCUUCCUUGUUCAACAGAAUAGGUGACCCCAGCGUCGAUGAAGAUGCUCAGAAGAAGAUGAGGGUGGAAUAUGAAGGAGUCAAGGAAGAAGCUCAGAGCAGAGUGAACCUGCUAGAGAAGAUAACCAGCGAGCACGAGCGGUACAGCGCCAGCGUCGGCCGGUUCCGCGCCUGGCUCGGCGCUGCGGCGGACAGAUUAAACGGCUGCCUUAGAGACGGAUCCAAGGCUCCUGCAGAGGACAAGUUAAAGGCACUAAAGGAAAUUGCCAAAAAUAUUAGGAGUGGUGGGAGGAAAUGGAAACAUCUCGAAAAUCAGUGUGCAGAUGUGAUUCAGAAUACCUCCCCACUGGGAGCUGAGUGGAUGAAGGAUGAGCUUGAAGAGCUGCGAAAAGCCUUGGAGAAGUUGAAGCUGCUGUGUAACGUGGAGGAGAACAGGCUGCUCGAGAUCCUACAGUCAGAAGAUGCCUAUGAGUCCCAAGCCAGACAAUUAGAAGCAGACGUCCAGAAAUUCAGAAAAGAUCUACAGAGAUUAGAAAAUGACUUGGACCACGGGGCAAGGGAGAAGAGUGAAGACGAGUUUGUAGCUCUGUGGAGAAAAUGCAGUGCAACAAGAGCGUCUCUGGCAGCAGAGGAGUGCAAGGUGGAGAGGCUGAAGGCUCAGCUCAAGGAGCUGCUGCGCUUUUCCCGGGAUGUGCAGCCCCAUGCGGAAAGUGUCGUCUCCGCAAUCCAGGAGUAUCAGAGUGUUAGAGGGAAGACAUCCAAAAUGAGUGCUGAUACGGAAAGCCAACUGAGGAGGCUUUUUCAAAAUCCUCUACAAGAUUUUGAGCAGUGGAAACCAUCAGUCAAGAUGCUCCUGGAUACUCCAGAGCCAGCACUGGCUCAGAUUGAGGCUGCUCUAUCUGAAAGCUCCCAGUUCAAAGAGAAGUUGAUGACGUUACAGCUGAAGAAAGAUUUGCUGAACAAUAUCCUUGGUGAGGAAGAAGCAAAGUCUUUCCUCGUGGAAGUAGCUGAAGCGUCAAAGGAGAGGGAAAUUCUUCAUAAAGGUCUGCUGCAAAGCAGGCACAAACUGCAGAAUUUGUUAUUGCAACAUAAGGACUUUGAUGCUGGUUUUGCACCUUUGCAGAAGAAAUUAUCUGCAAUCAAGGCCAAAGUAGAUCUAGAGAAUGAACCACAGCCUGACCUGUUAGGUAAAAAGACACAGCUGCAGAGACUCCAGAUGCUCCAAGACGAUUUGGCAGAGCUUGCAGUUCAAAUGGAAGAGGUAGAGAAGCUUGUUCAGUCCAAUACCACACAUAGGCAUGAAAUGAACCAGCUUUCAUCUGACUCUCAGGCCCUGAAGAGAUCACUGGAGAUGAUGAUACAGCAGAGUGAGGAGCACAUCCAGAAGCACUGGGCAUUUAAUGACAAACUCUCCAACCUCCAGCAGUGGAUCAGGAUAACCACUGAGAAACUGGAGUCUUACCAGUGUGCCAAUGGGGAGUGGAGCAUCGGGAGCAGGAUGGCAGACCUGGAGAGAUUGCUAGCUGAGUUUCCAGAUAAGGAGAUCCAGCUGCACCUCGUGGAAGCUCAUGGCCAGCUAGUCAUGGAGAAUUCUUCCCCAGAGGAGACUGCCCAUGUCCAGGCAGAGCUAAAUCAACUGAAGGAGUCCUGGAGAUCACUCAAAGACAUGGCAAACAACCUUCUCAAACAGUGUCAAUUAAAUAAACCAGUGGCUGAUAAGAAGAAGAAAAUAGCAAUUGUGGACAACAGACAGAAGUCCAGACCAGCCUUCCAUCCUGUAGAUGUAGAUGCCAGUCAUAAGCAGGAGAGGAUAGGAGAAUGGCAAAAUAAGAGCAGCCACCUCAAGCUCCUUGGCGACUUUGAAGAGUGGUUACAAGGGGAAAAUACCAAACUGGCCGAAAUUCUUGCUCUGGGGUCAUCUUCUGUGGAGAAAACUAAGGCUCGACACAUCAAGCUGGAGGAACUCCAGUCUCGUGUUCCUGAUGGCCAGCGCCUCUUUGAAGAGCUUCUUCAUCUUCAUCCUGUCACUGGAAACUCUGAAGAUCUGGAGGACUUGCGAUACCGAUGGAUGCUCUACAAAUCUAAACUGAAAGAGGCCCUGAGUUCGCCGACUCCUAGAUCUUUGGAAGGACCAGACAGAUUCAGAAAGAAGCGCUCCGGAGGUGUGUGCGCUUUCCUGCGCCGAGCGUGCUGGGCAGCGCUGCCCCUGCAGCUGCUGCUCCUGCUCCUCCUGCUCCUGGCCUUCCUCCUGCCCCUGGCCGAAGAGACCCACAGCUGCUCGCUGGCCAACAACUUCGCUCGCUCCUUCAACCUGAUGCUGAGAUACGAGGGCCCUCCUCCGACCUAACCGCUGUGCACGGCACGAGGUGAAGAUCCCUGCAACACAGACUGCCUCUCUCUUGGUUUUGAACAAUUGCAAGUAUUGUAGAUUUUAGGGCUUCCAUCGUAUUAACUGGAUUUGCCACAUAAAUGCAGCAUAAUUUUAGCCCGCAUUAAUCAGGUAUUAUUGCAAAUU